AAAUAGGAGGCUCUCUCGUGUGUGUGUGUGUGUGUGUCUCUCUCUCCCUCUGGCUUCACAACAUACACACAACAAUAAUUUAAUUGGGGUCGCUGUGCGUGCGGUAGGCGGAACCCUGGGCACUCUUCACAUCCCACUUUUGAAAAGAUUACGAGGACAAUUUAGUGGGAAAACACAUGACAGUAACGCCGUGUGGAGGGAAGGCGGACGGACGCAGUGGGACAGAGGCAGGACGACACGCCACGGGUCGAGGCAGAGCCGAGCUGCGAGCGGAGGCAAGAUCUGUGUGGAGAUAUUUGGAGUUGGAGGAGGACACUGGCACUUGUGUGAUCCCAGGAGGAAAAUUAUACCUUCACUCUCAGAGCACACUCCAAACACAUACACAGCCUCAAACACUUACACAUUUCAGCAGACUCAUUAUCACACACACACCGAGUCACCAGAGCAGAUAUGAGUGAAGAUAAACCAGCCGAUAAUGUGGAAACUGCCCCCGCUGAGGUGAACGCCAUUCCUAAUGGGAAAGGCCAUGAGCCCGGGGAGGAGAUAACAGCAUCAGCCAAAACACCACCUGCAGAGGCCGGUGAAAAGGAAACUGUACCCAAUAGUGCCCAUGAUGCUAGUCCCCACAGAACUGAGAAUGCAGAGGCCAACCUCCCAGAGGGCCAGGAGUUCAUAUCAGGCAUGGACGACAAGAAGACCACUCGCUUCACAGAUUUUGAGGGGAAGACCUCGUUUGGGAUGUCCGUCUUCAACCUGGGCAAUGCAAUCAUGGGAAGUGGAAUCCUAGGACUGGCAUACGCCAUGGCCAACACAGGGGUCGUCCUGUUUUUGAUACUCCUAACAGUGGUGGCAGUCCUCUCAUCAUACUCCAUCCAUUUGCUGCUAAAGUCAUCUGGUAUUGUAGGUAUUCGUGCAUAUGAGCAGCUCGGCUUCAGGGCCUUUGGGACCCCGGGGAAGAUGGCAGCAGGUAUUGCCAUCACGCUGCAGAACAUUGGAGCCAUGUCCAGUUACCUGUACAUAGUCAAGUAUGAGUUUCCUUUGGUCAUCCAGGCCUUUCUGAGGGUGGAUAAACCUGCAGGUGAAUGGUACCUGAACGGGAACUACCUCGUGAUCAUUGUUUCUAUUGCAGUGAUAUUACCACUGGCUCUCAUGAAACAGCUGGGGUACCUGGGAUACACCAGUGGUUUCUCCCUGAGCUGCAUGGUUUUCUUCCUCGUUUCGGUCAUCUACAAGAAGUUCAAUACCCCUUGUCCGUUUAUGGACUUUGCAUUGAAUGGCACUGCCACUGGGCUGAAUGUCAGUGCCACAGACCCCGGUGGGGAGCCUGAUCCUGCCUGUAUUCCCAAAAUGGCCAACCUCAACUCACAAACGGCCUACACCAUCCCCAUCCUGGCGUUCGCCUUUGUGUGCCACCCCGAGGUCCUGCCCAUCUACACAGAGCUGCGCAAUCCCACCAAGAAAAAGAUGCAGCAUGUGUCCAACAUCUCCAUUGCAGUCAUGUACUGCAUGUACUUCCUGGCUGCCCUUUUUGGAUACCUAACUUUCUAUGGUGAAGUGGAAGCCGAGCUGCUUCACACCUACAGCCGCAUUGAUCCGUAUGACACUUUGAUUUUGUGCGUGCGUGUGGCUGUGCUCACUGCUGUCACACUCACUGUACCCAUUGUGCUCUUUCCUGUACGGAGAGCGAUCCAGCAAAUGAUGUUUCCAAACAAGACCUUCAACUGGCCCCGUCACAUCGCCAUUGCCAUCAUUCUGCUCACUUCCAUCAACCUGCUGGUCAUCUUUGCCCCCAACAUCCUGGGCAUCUUUGGGGUCAUUGGUGCCACAUCUGCCCCUUGUCUCAUCUUCAUAUUCCCUGCUGUCUUCUACAUCCGUAUUGUACCCAAAGAAGAGGAGCCAAUGAACUCAUUCCCCAAAAUCCUGGCCGCCUGUUUUGCCGGAAUAGGCUUCCUGUUUAUGGUAAUGAGCCUCAGCUUUAUCAUCAUUGAUUGGACAUCGGGCACCAGCAAAGCUGCCAGUGGUCACUAGGCGCCACCUUCCAUUGUCUUUUUUCAGGUUUUGUAUUGUUGAUUUAGAUCUGUGUUGCAAUGUUACAGUUUUUACUUUGAACGAUGUUUGAUGUUGAAGAUGCCCCAUCGUUUCCAUCAGAGAAUAUUGGUCACAGAGACGGAGUCUAGAGUCCAGGAUGGCUCUCGAUUUCUCCGCAAAAGCUCUCACUCUAAUGACAUUACACUGUACAGUACAUCCUGCCAAACAGUGACUGCAGAUCCAGGCAAGUAGACUUUCCUGGAAAGUCGAUAGCUGAAUUUACAAAAUAGGUCAGGUGCAUAAAGAUUAAUGUUGACAUGUGGAGGCUGUGCCUUGUGAGAUGGAUGUAAAAAAACAGAUAAGUAACAAUAUAGAAAGCUGCUGUCUUUAUACCCCUGUCCUUGCCGUCCCUGUCUUGUCCCUGAAAUGAUCUCUUAUCUGCAAACUGUUACUUAGAUAAUAACACACAAUCUGAGGCACCAUCCUUUUAACUGUUGAAUGACAAAAAUCUAUUGAAUGGUAGAAAAUAUUUUAUCAUUAUUUUUAUGCCUAUUAUUAUAUUCUAAGUUAUUUAAAUAACUACAUAUUUGCCACUCCUCUGCAGCCACAGAGUAAAGUAAUAGUAAAAGCUAUUGCAUAGAAAGAAAGAUAAGGUUAAUAGUUCAACAUUUUCAGGACAUACACUUACCCACGUUCUUGCAGAGAGGAUUGGUGCCAAUUUUCUCUCCUGAAUACGGAGUAACAGCCAGCAGCUGGUUAGCUUAGCUUAGCAUGAACACUGGAAAAUGUCGAACUGUUUUAAUAAAGAGUGCAGCCUUUUUCUCCUACUCCACUAAUGCGCCCUGCUGCAUAUUUUUUUAAGGUCUGGAUGUGUUAGCAUUCCCACCUCUGACAGAGCAGGGUGCAAAACCACAAAGAGUAUGUGUUACAGUGUUGUGAGCACAUUUAUCAUUACAUUCCUACCCGAUAUGAUCUAGAUGUAUAUUUUUUAUUAUUAAUCUCUACUUGAUGAAAAACCUCAGAAGAUGCAGUAGGGACUGACGACAUGGUCCUCAGUUCGGUGUCAGUGUUCUUAAUGGUCGAGCAGGGAUGAUUUUUACCUGGAUGUGUUGUUUCUGAAGAUUUACUGGAAGUAAUCAGAGAUAACCAAAACAAAAAAAAAACAACAGGGUCACUUCUAGGCUUGGGCGGUAUUAAAGUAUUACAGUAUACUAGGGUAUAGGGAAAUCUUAAAGGUAUGGUUUUUAAUACCAUCAAAAGUACAAAUGCUCCUCUUUGUAGUAAACUCAUACGGAAAUGCUGUAUUGAGACAAUGUAUUGUAGUGCACAGCAUUCUCCACCAGAGGUCAGUGUCUGUUGGUGGAACAGGCAGCUUAGCUAGGAAAGAUGGUGACUGUGAAUGGUGGGGAUAACGUUACAGGACUACACAAAAAGAUAAAUGCCUCUGCCCCUGUUAGGGAGUUUUGCCGCAUUUAACUAUAUUUUCAGAUGACUUAUCCCAACUGCAAAAGCAGUUUAUUAGGCAUAUGAUUUGAUUCAACACAUCAUUCACUCCAUUCAGCCCACCAUUGUGUCGAUAUCAGCUGCAGCAACAAGUUUAAUCGGGUCCUCCAGUGCACUUAUUUUUCUGUCUAUUCAUUAUUCUAUGGGCCAUAAGUAUUUAAACCAGCAAGACCUGUAUGCUAAUUGCAUAUUAAACACAGCAUUGUAGGCUAGACAAAGUCAUACAUGCAACAAUAACUUUUAUCAUUAGUAGCUCAGCUUUUACAUUUUUUCUUUUGUUUUUUUUUCCCUUUACACAAAUACCAUUAUAUGCCGUAUACCCCGGUGAAAUGUCAGGAAGGUUUAAACGUAUAAAGAAAUAGAUACCGCCCAAGCCUAGUCACUUCACAAAGUGGUUAGUACCAGUUUGGUGUCUGUAAAUAUUUCUGCGUCCAGCACAAGCUUGAUCCCUAACAGAAAUGACAGACAUGGGAUCGCUGUCUCUUUAACAAUCUCGAAAAGUCGGUGGUUAGCAAUAGCACUUUCCGUUGAUAAGCACAACUUCUUGUAGCCAUUAAUAAGUUCAAACACAAGCAAAUGAUUUGUGAUGAUGAAUUCACAUAUCUGAUAGGUGUGAUUUAAGGGCGCAUCCCUCCUAUGUAACUAAAUCGUUCGUGAAGUAAUCAAUCUAAUGUAGAUUAUGAGCAAAUUAGCAAUGCAUCGAUGGUAUAAUAUGGAUGUCUUCUCAGCAAUUACUUGAAAUAACGUAAAGGUUAGCGUUCCUGUGAGCCCCUGCGAUCAUUAGUUUCCUCCUCUGGUCCGUUCUGUAGAUAAAACAGUUAAUUAAAUGGAUGUACUUUUGGAGGUUUUUAAGUGUGCGUGUUUAAAAAAAGAAAACAUGGCUCCAUUGUAUUUGAACUAUAUAUGCAUCAGUGUUGUUAAACCUGGGCCUAUACUCUAUACCCUUGACUCCUGCCAUUGAUAGAUGUACUCUUGUUUUAAACGUCAUGUUUAAUGUUUAAUUGGUUGAAUCUGAUUAAGUGAUGAAAUGCAAAACCUGUUAAUGAUCUUUUUUUGUUUGUUGUUUUGCUUACAUGUCUUUUAUUGUCAGUGGCAUAUCAUCAGUGGUAUACUUUGGGUUGUUUCUGACUUCCUCGCUGCUUCUUGGCAGACAUAACCUACUAACUCAGAGUUGUUAGUGAGAUGGUGUACUUGCCUACAUUUAGAUUUUUUAAUGAUAAACUCUGUGACACCAGACUACAGUGAGUGCUGUAUGGAUAAGUGAGUAUUGUCCAGUCAAUUUGUUACACAGAAAACCUCUUUUAAUCCCUUGUUUUGACAUUGUAUCUAGAUAUUUGGUUGUCUUUAUGUAUCUGUAUGCAGAAGGGAUCAUGUGAAUCAGCCACUGGGGCAUAAUGUAGUGUUAGGUGAUGUAUAACCAAUGCAAGGGUUAUAUUUAUAUCCCCCAACUGUUCCUAGUUUGACCUUAGUGAGUUUUCCAAUGGUGCACACACUUAAAACACUUCAAAACCUCACAACAUGGAAAAAAUAGAAACAUGAGGCAGCAAAGUGAGGGGAUACACUGUGUUAGUGGCUGAUACAAGAUGAUCUCUGAGGACCUCUAUUUAGAUCUCAGUGUUGUUAGUCUCCCUCUUUGUGUGAUUUACUGAAAAUGUGUAUGAUCGAAUAGUAACAAUAAAUAUUGACACUGGCCAGCAUUUAUAAAUAAUGUAUAUAAAUGUAUACCCUUUAUAUUCUAUAUGCAUAUCUAGUUUGUACAAUGUAAAUAGCAAAUUAAAGUUUUAGUCUGAUUAAAAGAUAUAAAUGUAAUCAUUUUCAAAGUGCUUUUAAACCUUUUUGUCCUUCAAUUCAUGUCGAUUUUCUUGUAUCUCUAUAUAUUUUAAUAUGUUGCUGGCAGUUACUGUACUGUAAACAAUGUUGCAAUAAAGAU